CUUGCUUCUCCUGUUUCCAUUCGGCGAUUCUCUUUUCUUCCUUUUCUUUUCCUCUGUUCCCAUUGUUCCAAUCCCAUGGCUUCUUUUCUAUGCUUGAGGUUGAAACUGAGGAGAAAGCCGGUCCGGGUCGGGGAAUCCGGGUUCAAGAAGGAGCCCGGUCCGGCUAGAAUGACAAAGCAACAGAUUUCGAAGCUUACGAUGAGCUUUUCGAGGUCUCGAGUGAUUGCCUUCGGAGGGUUCAGCACAGUCUACCUCGGGAAGUUCCCAAAUUCCGGCGUGGCAGCCGUCAAGGUCAUCGACUCCGGCAGCAGCCAUCGCCUGAGCGCCGUUUUCCGGCAGGAACUCCAAAUCUUGCAGAGGGUACGCCACGAGAGUAUAGUGAGAGUCCUUGGCUACUGCGAUGAGGGUGAAGAAGGGGUUCUAGUUUUCCAGUACGCUGCGAAUGGAACCCUCCAUGAGAAUAUCCAUGGAAAAUGGGACUCUGUUCUUUCAUGGAAGCAGAGGAUGGGAAUCGCUUAUCAGCUCGCUCAAGCUCUGGAGUAUCUCCAUGAGAAGUGUGAUCCCCAGAUUGUUCAUGGUGACAUUAAAUCCUCGAAUGUGUUGUUGGAUUCUCAGUUUAAUUGCAAGUUGUGCGAUUUCGGGUCUGCGAAAAUGGGAUUUUCUUCAUCUGUUCAGCCGCCGUUAUCUGGACCGGAGAUGAUCGACGGCGGGGCUAGAGGGAGGGAUAUAAGUGCGGCGACUCGUCCAAAAUGUGGAAGGCUCGCUACACGCAUGAUGAUGAUGGGUUCUCCGGGAUACACAGACCCGCACUACUUGAGAACCGGGAUCGCAACCAAAAAGAGCGACAUAUACAGCUUCGGGGUCAUCCUUCUGGAGCUGAUUACGGGUUUGGAAGCCAUUUCUUCAUCUGAUUGCAAUGAAAGACUGGUCUGCAAAGCAAGGCAGAUGCUAAAGGAUGAGUCCAAGGUCACAGCAAUGGUGGAUCCGAGGCUGGAUGUAGGGAAUAAUAAUUUGGGAGUAGAAGUUGAGGCAGUGGCUUCCAUUGCAGCUAUGUGCCUUGUGGAUUGUCCAACCCUAAGGCCAUCUGCAUCUCAUAUAUUGGAAACCAUGAGAAUCCGAGUUCCCUCAGUUGGCUUUUUGUUCUCAAAGGACAAAGGGGCAGCUUGAUCCACCAUGUUAUAGCGGCCGAAGUAAAUUAGUACGGAGUACAACUUAUUAUUUGUAAGAGUCCUUCAUGUAUGCGCGGGAGGCGUGUACACGCUUAUUUUACAGGCCACACACACAUUUAUGUAUAGUUUCUGUGAUUUUUUUAAACGAAUAGGCUUUGUUCACGGACAAUCAAGGUGGACGUUUAUAGUUGAUUGAUCAAAAGGUGGAAUCUCACACCACAGGAGCCCCCUCAUCCCGAUGGUGGAGAGGUUAGUCACGGUGACGGUGACUCAGUCAGAAGAAUGACAGUAGGCCCAUACACCCGUGCGCACCAGAGGCCCAACCUUAUUUCAAGUUAUGUGACCUCCACCCGGUCACUGCGGGGAUUCGAACUUUAGUCCAUUGAUCCAAAUUUUCGACCACUCGACCAACUGAGCUACCCGUGCAGGUAGGUGGACGUUUAUACACGUGUGUAAAAGGUGUGUACACAGAAAAGGUCUAUUUGUAAUUAUUUAGCUGUACAUAGAUACGCCAGCUCCAAUUCUUCUUUCCGUACUUCAUGUUUUCUACUUGAACAUUAAUUAGUUUAUUCAUCUCUUAUGGGAUGUUUGGUUGAUUUUGCUUGUCAAUUUAGAGAUUAUAUCAUUACUAGUUUUAAAUCAAUCCUUUUCUCUCGAGUACCAAUCCACAAUCAAUACAAAAGCUCACGGACGUAUUAUUCUUUGAGAAA